AUGGAGCAAUCAACGGCGGCAAGUCCAUGGCUACUUCUUCUCUGCCUCGCCGUCGCUGCCACGGGCGGCGCACUCCAAGCUCGUGCCCAGCCGGACGUCAACGGUUUCAUAAGCAUUGACUGCGGGCUCGCCGGGAAGACGACGAGCUACGUGGACGACACCACCAAGCUGUUGUACACCAGCGACACCGAUUUCAUCGGCAACGUUGGCUCCACCCACAACAUCUCCGCCCAGUACAUGGUCAGGCCGACGCACCUCUCGAGACGCUACCACAGCGUGCGCAGCUUCCCCGACGGCGUGCGGAACUGCUACACGCUCCGGUCCCUCGUGCCCGGGGGCAAGUACCUCCUCCGUGCCUCGUUCAUGUACGGCGACUACGACGGCCUCGGCAGUCUACCCAUUUUUGAUCUGCACGUCGGUGUCAACUAUUGGCAGACCGUAAACAUCUCAGAGCCAGAUCUUGAGGUGACCGCCGAGGCCGUCGUGUUUGUGCCGGACGAGUUUGUUCAUGUGUGCUUGUUGAACACCGGCGCCGGGACGCCCUUCAUCUCGGACCUGGAGUUGAGGCCGCUGAAGAAGAAGUUCUACCCGCAGGCAAAUUUGACGAAGGGUCUCGUUCUGGAACACAGGCUGAACCUCGCGCCCCCGGACACCAGCAUCGUCAGGUACCCUGUAGAUCCACACGACCGUGUAUGGCUCCCUAAGAGUGAUGCAAAAAUGUGGAGCAGCAUAUCAACUACGGAGACGGUGCAGAGUGAUGGCGAUGUCUUCGAGGUACCAUCGAUGGUGAUGCAGACGGCAGUCACGCCGCUAAAUGCCGCCAUGAACCUCGAGAUCAUUUGGAGCCCCAACCCUCAGCCCCAGAACCAGUCCCUAGGAUAUCUCAUCAUCAUGCAUUUCUCCGAGCUGCAAUUGCUUCCUAGCAACGCCGAGCGCCAGUUCUACAUCAGCAUUAACGACAUGCAGUUACCCGAACCUGUUAGCCCACACUACCUUGGCACGGGCUUCGUGUCCAAUGGAAAUGCACGUUACCGAGACAACAAGUACAACAUCUCCAUGUACGCCACCGCCAACUCGACGCUACCACCUGUAAUCAGUGCCGUCGAGUUUUUCUCCGUCAUCUCCGCCACCAACAUUGCCACUGACUCCCAGGAUGUAUCUGCCAUCAUGGCGAUCAAAGCGAAUUAUGAGGUGCAGAAGAAUUGGAUGGGUGACCCAUGUGUUCCAAAGACUAUGGUCUGGGAAAGGCUGACAUGCAGCUACACCAGUGACAACUCUCCAAGGAUAAUAAGCAUAAAUCUUUCCUCUAGUGGCCUCAAUGGUGAUAUAUCCUCUUCUUUCACGAAUUUCAAGGCCGUCCAGUACUUGGAUUUGUCAAACAAUAACUUGACAGGCUCAAUACCAGGCUCCCUUUCGCAAUUGACAUCAUUGACAAUUUUAGAUUUGUCAGGCAACCACCUCAAUGGAUCAAUCUCACCUGAGCUCCUCAAAAGGACUCAAGAUGGCAGCCUGAAUCUAAGACAUGGCAACAACCCAGACAUUUGCACUGACGGCAAUUCAUGCCAGCCUACUAAAACGAAGAACAAGUUGGCCAUCUACGGUGUUGUCCUUAUAGCUGUCAUUGUGGUGCUGGUAUUAGUGGCAGUAGCGCUCUUUUUCUUUCUAAGACAAAGAAAUCCAGAAUCUAUGAACAACUCCGUCAAGUCACAUAAAGAAAUGAAAAACGAUGGGCAUAGGACAGAAAAGGAUGGCUAUGGGAACAGUCCACUUGGAUUGGAGACUCGUCAAUUCACCUACAUCGAACUUGAGAGAAUAACCAACAACUUCCGACGAGUGCUUGGCAAGGGAGGGUUUGGUAAUGUUUACGAAGGCUCACUAGAGGAUGGUACACAAGUAGCGGUGAAGAUUCGGUCAAAGUCCUCCAAUCAAGGCGACAGGGAAUUCCUCACGGAGGUUCAAAUUUUAACCCUCAUACAUCACAAGAAUCUUGUCUCCAUGAUUGGAUACUGCAAGGAUGGGGAGCACAUGGCACUUGUGUACGAGUUCAUGUCAGAGGGGACCCUAGAAGAGCACAUUUCAGGAAAAGGCAACAAUGCGGUAUGCUUACCCUGGAGACAGAGACUCCGAAUUGCAGUUGAAUCCGCUCAAGGGCUGGAGUACCUACACAAGGGGUGCAAUCCACCUUUGGUUCACAGGGAUGUUAAGGCCACAAACAUCCUGCUGAAUGCCAAAUUAGAGGCUAAGAUUGCUGAUUUCGGCCUGUCCAAGGCUUUUCAUCACAAUGAUGACACACAUGUUUCCACAAACAGAAUCGUUGGUACACCAGGAUAUGUGGAUCCAGACUACCAGACAACAUGGCGGGCCACAAGCAAGAGUGACGUGUACAGCUUUGGCAUCGUGUUGCUUGUGCUUGUCACUGGGAAGCCACCCAUCUUGCGCACCCCACAUACCAUCAGCAUCAUCGAGUGGGUGCAACAACGGCUAGCACAGGGAAACAUCGAGGGUGUGGUGGAUGUGCGGAUCCAUGGUGAUCAUGACAUAAAUAGUAUGUGGAAAGCCGCUGUUAUUGCGCUGAAGUGCACCACUGAGGCAUUGGCAGAACGGCCCACCAUGACCGAUGUCGUUGCUCAACUUCAAGAGUGCCUCAAUCUAGAGGAGGAAUUGGCUGACGGUGGGUCUGACAGCGGCAUCUACAACGGCACCAAUAGCGAUGACAUAAACUGGACAGAUGAUGCUUACUCUACAAACAAGUCUACAAACUCAAGUCAGAGAGCUGCACUUGAGAAAGAGCAUAAUUUUGGCAGGGUCCCAACAAUGGACACCGGACCUGCCGUGCGAUGA